AUGGACGAGACAUGGGUUAACCAAGGACAUACGGUCAAAAAAGUAUGGCAGGAUGGUAAUAUAACAAGUGCACGACAAGCCUUUAUUGAAGGUUUGUCAGUUGGGUUGAAACAGCCAUCUGGAAAUGGUAGUCGUCUGAUAGUUACGCAUAUAGGAAACGACAGUGGAUUUUUACCAAAUGGUGAAUUAAUAUUUAAAUCUAAGAAAACAGGCGACUGUCAUGAAGAGAUGAAUGCGGAGGUGUUUGAAAAAUGGUUUGAAGGCAUCAUUCAACUUGUGGAACCUGGGUCUGUCAUCGUCAUGGACAAUGCCCCAUACCAUGGUCGACAUUUAGAACCAUUACCGAAACAAUCAUGGAAAAAAGCAGCAAUUCAAGAAUGGUUAAUUAAUAAGAACAUCCAAUAUAACAAAGAUAGUUUAAAGGCAGAACUACUUCAGCUAACAAAAUUACACACAGACAAAUAUAAAAAAUUCGCAGUGGAUGAAAUGACGUUAAGUCGUGGAAUUACAGUUUUAAGGUUACCACCAUAUCACUGCGAAUUAAACCCAAUAGAAUUAAUCUGUUUCUGCAGAAGACUGGAAAAAAUGCAUGCAGCAUGUUUUAAAAGAGGAGCAAAAAAUGUGGGACGUAGACAACCGUAUUGA